ACACUAAUGCGGUGUCCUCCCUAACAGAGCCUCUUUCAUCGUGUGAGUCAAGCAGAAGUAGCCCCGACACUGGAGGAAACUGGGAAACAUUGGACCUCUGCUUGUUGGACGAGAAGAAGGAGGAGGUGUUUUGCCUGCCCGCUUGCUCUCUCUCUCUCUCUCUCUCUCUUUCUCUCUCUCUCUCUCUCUCAAUCAGAGACUACUGCCACCAGAGCCAAGAGUUGCCGUUCCGCGCACCGAUGCCAAAACGCGCAGGAGGAGUCGGUGCCAAAGGGUCAUUUUAGCGCACCACUGCUGAAACGGAAGGACUUUAGGGAAUCCUAGAAUAAACAGCAGCCGUUUGACCCCAGAUGGUAUAAUCAUAUCAUUAAAAUUAAGAAAGAAAAAAAAAAAAAAAAAAAAGGAAAGGAGCCAAAUCAAAGCCAAUACGCAUCACCGGUGGAGUGCUCCGUACACUUCAUCUGUCAUCACGGUCGCCUCAGAGGUGGGCAGUCCAGGAUUUUUUCUUUUUCUUUUUUUUUUUUUUUUUUUUAAAGGUCAUUGUAAUUUACCUCCCUGCGCCAACAUCAGUUUCCAAGCCUACUUCUUCCUAAAACUGCACUUUGGCUUCCUCAGUUCAGGUGUUGCUUCCUCCGAAGACGCGUGACGCGCGUUGCUGGACAUUGUUGGACACGUUUGGUCUUCCAUCUUUAAAGCGCUCCUGUCCGUCUCCCCAUUCAUCUUUCCCGGCGCGCAUCAAAGUUCCAACAGAAGAUUGUAAAUAAGAAAGGGAUUAGGAGGGGGGAAAAAAAGUUGGUCACCUGUGAUCCAGAGAGGACCGACACCACGGUUCAAGCCGACUCCAAGUGCCGUUCACCGGGCGAUGCCAGAGUAAAUGCCGGGGCAAUGUCCCGCCGCAAGCAGGUGAACCCGCAGCACUUAUCAUUGACGCACAGGGAGACAAUACAAGCAGAGCCCAACCAUGAUCCAGGGGCGGGAUCUCCAUCUCUGGAGCCAUCCACCCCCAGCCCUCGGAGGGCGGGACCCGGGGAACAUGAUCUGCUGACCUGUGGCCAGUGCCAGACCAACUUCCCCCUGGGCGAAAUCUUGGUUUUCAUUGAGCACAAGCGACGUUUGUGCCGGGGGUCCAGAGGUGGACCAGGAUCCUUCUCCAAGCCCGGGGACACCGGUGGAGCCCCUGGUAUUCCCAUCUCUCCCCGUGCCAGGUCUCUGGAGCUGGGGAGAGGGCCUGUGCCAGUUGAGGUGGGCAUUCAGGUAACUCCAGGAGGAGAAAAUGACGAAGAGAGGAGGCUGACGCCGGCCAAGGGGAUCUGCCCAAAACAAGAAAGAGGAGAUAAAGAUGAGCCAUCCAGCUACAUCUGCACUACCUGUAAGCAGACCUUCACCAGCGCCUGGUUCCUGCUUCAACAUGCCCAGCACACUCAUGGCAUCCGCAUAUACCUGGACAACCACUUCGCCAACUGCUCCCUCACUCCUCGCAUGGCUCUUCCUCCACCUCCGGGUGCUGAUGCCCUGCCCCGCUCCCCUCUACCCACUUUCCUCGGUGACACCAACAACCCAUUCCACCUCCUACGCAUGGCUGCGCCCCUCCUCAGGGAACACCCCCCUCCCCCGGGGUACAUGGAAACCCGGCUGCCUGCAACACCACCCUUUAUCAGCCCUCCCCCUCCCCCUAGACCCCCUCUAGAGCGGCUAGGCCCAGAGGAGAUGGGGUUGCUGUCCCAGCACCCCAGUGCCUUUGAGAGGGUGAUGCGAAUGACCCCCAUGGAACCACCUUCCAUGGACUUCUCCAGACGUCUGAGGGAACUGGCGGGAAACACAACAAAUAAUGGUGGACCCACACCCCCUCUUUCGCCCAACCGCGUGCCCCCCAUGCACCGCCUGCUAAGUCCAACACUUUUCCAGCCUGGCUCCAAACCCCCAGCUUUUCUCACCUACGCCCCGCAGCCACCCACCUCACAUGGGGGACAUGGUUCCACCAGCCCUCCUGAAAACCAAGGUCAGAACCAGACCCCCGCCAAAUCCAAAUCCUGUGAGUUCUGUGGCAAGAUUUUCAAGUUCCAGAGUAACCUGAUUGUCCACAGGCGCAGUCACACAGGAGAAAGGCCAUACAAGUGUCACCUGUGUGACCAUGCCUGUUCCCAGGCCAGCAAGCUUAAGAGGCACAUGAAGACACAUAUGCACAACAAGUCUGGGUCCAUGGGUGGUUCUCCAGAGCAGGCAAGUAGAGGUGAGGGAGGUGAGGGUGAAGAAAAAAAUAGGGAUGGAGAUUCAAGAGGGAUGGGGAUGGACAAUGAGGAUGAGGAGGAAGAAGAAGAGGAGGAAGAAGAAGAGGAGGAGGAAGAGGAAGAAGAGUUAAGGAAUGGGAGUCAGCCAGAUUCAAACAUAAGUGAGGACUCUCAGGAGUUCAGUCAAAAUAGAGAGAAUGGGCCCAGACAGUCUCCUGAGAAGUCCCUGGGUGCAGACAGAGUAAGUGAAAGUGGUGGUGUGGGCAUCAUGCACCCUUACAACCAUCUGGACAAUCACCUUAGACUAAACCCUAACAAGAGAAGCUUGGACAGACAACCAAAUGGAGAUGGUGGAGAAAGAGACGAAGUACAACGAGAAAGAGACACUGAACGGGAACAAGACAGAGAGCGAGACGAGCAGGAGGAGCAGAGGCCUGUGAUGAAUGGUAGGAUCAGUGUUUCAGAAGUAGACUCCUUUCCUGGGCUGUUCCAACGAAGGCCUACGCCCAUUACCAGCCCGAGCCCCUCCAAUAACAAGAGGAUCAAGAUAGAGAAAGAACAGCUGGAGCUUCCCCCAACCUUACCCCUGAUCUCCCCGGAGAAUGUCUACUCUCAGCUCCUGGCUGGUUAUGCUGCUUCACGCCACUUCAUCAGAGAACCCUUUUUGGGAUUCACCGAUUCCCGUCAGUCCCCGUUUGCCACAUCUUCUGAGCAUUCCUCCUCCGAAACAGGAAGCCUCCGGUUCUCCACUCCACCUGGGGAGCUGAUGGAAGGGGGAAGCGCCUCAGGUCGCAGCAACAGCAGCACCCCUCAUCUCCUGAGGGGACCUGGACCUGGCAGACCCCCAAGCUCCAAGGAUAGGAGAAAUGACACCUGUGAAUACUGCGGCAAGGUGUUCAAGAACUGCAGCAACCUGACAGUGCACCGACGCAGCCACACAGGUGAGCGUCCCUACAAGUGUGACCUGUGCAGCUACGCCUGCGCCCAGAGCUCCAAGCUGACCCGCCACAUGAAGACCCAUGGGCAAUUUGGAAAGGAGGUGUAUCGGUGCGACAUCUGCCACAUGCCCUUCAGCGUCUACAGCACGCUGGAGAAACACAUGAAGAAAUGGCAUGGGGAACAUUUGAUGGCCAGUGAGGUCAAACUGGAGCAGGCGGACAGAGGUUAAGCCAGCAACUACAGUUAUACAGCCUACAGUGUACACAAGAAAACACUCACACAAAAGCACACACACAUUCACACACACACACACACACACACACACACACACACACACAAACAAACACACACAUACACACAUAUACAUACAAAUUCCCUCAUAUCAACCACUUCUUCAGCUAUGGGGCUUGGCUGGAUAAUCUCUCUCUCUUAAAAAUUUUGAGACUGAUUGAUGUUCGUCUUUUUUUCUUGUCACAGAAACUGCCACCUGAGAAUAUAAACAAGGGGAAACUUUAAAGAGAACUUGUCUGAAAUGCCCAGCUUGGUAUUUCUAGGCAAACUGUCUGAGGAUUUUAUCAGUUAGGAAUCCAUGGAGCCUUUCUACUGUGCAAUAAUUUCUGUAUUUAUUGGAUUUUUGUAAUGAUAUUUGGCAUGUGCAGGUACAUCUUUGUGGGAUUUCAUAUGGAGUUAGUUUUGAAAAUGUGCUAAAACAUUUUUGUUUUCUAAAACACGAUAACUGGAAGAAGUCACCCUUAAUACAAAUUUUCUUUCUUUCCUUUAAGGAACCUUGUUAUCAUGUGAGAGUAAAAUUGUGUGAAGCAGUAUGCUUUUAAAAGAAAUGAUAAUUGUUUUCUAUAUUAACUGCAGCAGCGGACUACAAUCCAUUUCAUCAUACAGGCCUAAAAAGCACUGAAUGUCAGCCUGACAAUAAAAUAUCAUGCUGGAUUUUUAAAAAAUCCAACAUUAUCUUUAAGACCUGAUAAGUUACUUUAAUUAAUUCAGGGUUUUUUUUUCUCUUUUAAAUAUUGGCAUGCAGAUAUUUUUAAAAUGCAGUUACUGUAUUGCUGUCCUGUUUCCUUGGUUCAGUCAGGACAUAAAUAAAGGUUGCACUUAAUGGAGGUACCCUUAACUGAUGCUCAGUACAUUCCCAAUGUAGGUUUAAACCACCAUAUGUAAUAUGUUGAAUAAGUUAAGACUACUUGUGAUUAAUGUGAGAAGGAGAACAGUCCUGUUUAUGGUUUGUAAAUAUUUUCUUUUUUAUAUGUUAAAGUAGCCCCAAGUACGUUAAAGAUGGCCUAAAACUAAACAAUCAAAGACCAGCUGCUUGCAUCAUUCACCAUAUAUGCUAAAUGUAACUACCAUACAUUCUUGAUUUAUCAGACCCACUUGAUUAUCUCCCCCAAUUCCCCACCACCAUUAUGUGUGCUUAUUCCAAGGCAAUUUGUUAAACUAAAGCUACUUCAACAAUUGUAAAACUCUCUGAAUUGUUCUCUAUCUCCUUCCAAAGGUCUGGGCAGCUCGCUCUGACCCAUGCCGACUUCCCGUGUCCCCCUUACGAUUCACAAAACGGUUUCAAAUGAAAGUCAUAUCAAUAUGUGUUAGCAUGUGUUCUCUCUGCUGUGUGCUCUAAGCCUCUCUCCGACGGCGUCUUUUCACAGUUCACUAGCUCAGAUUCAUGCAUUAGAGCAGCUUUUAAAAGGAAGCCUGUUCAUUCGCCUCACAAAGUGAUAUGGGUUUAACUCCCAGUAACAGAUUUUGAGACAGUGUGCAUGUUCGUGACUUUUGGGGAUUACAGUUUUUAUUUUCUGCAUCGUUCAUCCCGAAAUGAAUCUGGUACAAAAAAAUACGGCUAUAUGAGUUAUGAUAAUUUUGAGCACAGCUGCGCUAGGGGAUGGCCAGGCGACCUUGAGCAGUGGCUGUACUUAUAGUAAAAAUAAAAGAUUGGAACAGAGAAAUGAAGAUGUGUGAGAAAGAAAUGGAGGGGGAGAGAGAGAGCAAGACCUUGACCAGGGAGAAGAGUCAUUCAAAUGAAACUGGAAGCAUAUGAAAAGUGUGUGUGUUUUUUUUUUUUUUUGUAGCCAAAUGCACAUCUACUGGCCACAUCUUAUAAUGGACCAACACAGUGUGAACAUUAGUGGAAGGGAAACAGCAAAGCCACAUGAAGGGAGAUGGAGACUAGAUUUUUCAUUUUACCGCUGCAGUUCUCAAUCAUCAAAAUCAUGCAUUUUGGACCAUUGUCAGGUUUUAUCUGCACCAUUUUAUUUUGAUAGAAAAAGGAAUAUUCUGUAACUUAAGAGCAGAAUCCUCUCUGUGAUUUUUUUUUUUCUUAGAAAGUAAAUAAUGCUGAGGUGACAGCAUAAGCUAUUCCGUUACCGCCUCGUACUAUACUAUAUUUCAGUGAAUGAACACAAGGUAAGGUUGGCUGAAGAGCUACGUUCAGCUUACUUACACAUGUUGAUGCAUGAGUGCAAAAAAUCAAGAUCCAGUUGUAUACGCACAGUAUAUUCAUUCCAGGAAAACUCAGAGUUAGGCCAAAAUGAGCCAUACAAUUAUGAAAUAUAUUACAUUUAAACAAUGAACAGUUGAACCCUGACAGAUCCAAAUCACACACGGACAUUCAGUCUUACAAUAUGUUUACAGUGUUGAAGUAUGCCAUUAAUGAAAUACUCUGUGUAAGUGUUUAAAAUGAUAAUAAAGUAUUGUUUUCUCCAAUGUUCUUUCAAAUGUUUUGAACACCAUAGCAGUUUUGUAUGAAUAUCCUGGUGGAGGGAUUUUAUCUUCAUAAAUAUGUUUCUGUAUGAUUACUUGUUCACUGUAUGGAAAUACAUUUUUUAAAUGUAAUAUUGCAGAAUCAUGCCAGAUAAUUAUUUUUUUCUAACAAGAGUGGUGCCAUUAUUGACUUUUGGUCUCUUUUUAUUUUUCUAAUUUCUUGAAUGAGUUUCCUGUUGUUGGUUUGGUGAAGCUAUCCUUAUGUGGAUAUAAAACAACUAAAUGAGAGGGAAAAAAAUAAAGGAAUGAGAUAAUCCUUAAGAAGACUUUCGGCAGGGGAAUAAAAAUGUGGGAGUGCUUUUCCAAAUCAAUUUAAUGAGACGUUCAUGGACAUCAUGUUUUUUGCUGUUUUUCCUCAUGGUUGGUUGAAGGUCUUGUGAUGGCACUUAACAACUGUAAUUUUAAAUACAUUUUUACAUAUUUCACUUUUCACAACUUUCACUUACACUCUUUGUACAAAAUAGUUUCCUUGUUCUUUUUUUGGAGGGGAGUGCAUCAUUGUGAAAAAAGUGAUUUCAGAACAGUACACAUCUGCUGUUUUGAACAUAUAUGUAUUUUUGUAAUGUGUUGAAAAAUCAAUACAAGAAAGCCAACACUUCAAUAAAUGUUGCAAUUGCUCUAUGAUUGAAGCUU